UUUUAAAAUUGUAGUUUAUUUAUUUCUAAAUACUUUUUUUAAAAAACAAUUAGAGGAUCAGAUGCAUGAUUUUUUUUUAAUGGAUGCAGAUCUUCUAUGAGGUGUCUCAAGAUAAGUCUGAGGAUUUGUAUUUAGAUGCCAGAAAUGUUGUAGUUGCACUAAUUUGAAAUGUUUAGCUAUAAUUUAUAAAUAUCCUCUGAGACAUAAUUUUGCAUGCAAAAUUACCCCAUAAUCUCUCUGUAGGUAUGUUAAUAUAUUUAUGCAUUAAUGCCCUUUAUCUAAAUGACCUUUUUCCCCCCUCUCCCUCCAUAACUUUUGGUAUCUAAAUUGAUGACAGCUCAAUGACACAAGCAAGAUAACAGUGCUGUGUAUUAUACAUUUGUUUAUAUUAUCGGCACUUCUCAGUAUAGGUGGAAGGAACCAUUACCUUUAUUUAACAGUGGUUUUUCUUUUUUGUUGUUGUGUUUUACAGUUCUUUUCCCUGGUUCAGCCUGAACUAUAUACCAGGCCCUGCUGAAAAUACCACCCAACAGUUUUCUUCUGCAGCUUAUCCAGUUUCUCUUAAGUGCCCUGUACAUAUUGUAUGUUUUAUGAUGAGAUGCAGUUUCUUAAUAUGUAUUACAGAAACACUACUGGUAUUUGCAAAUAUAUAGUAAAAUUGUUUUAUUGAACUCUCAUUUUGGGGGCUUGGGCACAUUAACAAAUUAAUCCAUCUGUAUAGGGCUUUUGCUGUUGGAUAGAAUAAAAAUAUCUACCUAAUUACUUGUUUCAUAGUAGGACCCUUAAAAUUCUAUGUGCAGAGCAGGCAGUAAAAUAAGACGCUUGUCUUAGUUGGCUGCAAGAUUUUGGGCCAGAAGUUUCUUCUGCAGUGGCAGUAUGUAGCAGCAUUCUUGGUACAAUAAGCAUGGCACAUACUGGAACAAUUGCAUUUUACUGCACAGGUAAGGAAUGUGCCACAGUAUACUGUAUGUAUGCACCUGUCCAGCCACAGACACACAUACACAGCGUGUAUUUGAAGAUCUGCAGAGACUUUUCGUUUUCAUUUGACAAGUCAGCAAAAGCCCUACGCUUGAUUCAACAAAAAAUAUUUCCAUACCUUCUCUUUAAGUUUUACAAAAUUUAUAUGGUAGGUGUAAAAGAAAACAUAGUGAACUGUACCAUAUUAUUAACCCCUAAAUCAAACUUUUUUUGUCUUGUGUAUCUUGAUUUUUCUGUGUGCUUUAUAGUGAAGCAGCCGACACGAGUCGUUGUUCAUAAAACAGCUUUUGAAAGUUGAGAGCACACCCCUGGAGAACCGACUGUGCUUGCUUACGUUUGGUUCAUGACUUAAAAAUCGAGUACAGGAGUUAUUCCUGAUGAGACUAAGGCUUUGUCUCUCUUGGCACCAGCUAAUGCAGUGGCAGGUCUGCUGCCCGGAGGUGGACUCCUGCCCACUCCCAACCCACUUUCUCAGAUUGGUGCUGUUCCUUUAGCUGCUUUAGGAGCUCCUGCUCUCGAUCCUGCCCUAGCUGCUCUCGGGCUUCCUGGAGCAAACUUAAACUCUCAGUCUCUCGCAGCAGAUCAACUACUAAAACUUAUGAGCACAGUGGAUCCAAAGUUGAACCAUGUAGCUGCAGGCCUUGUUUCACCAAGUCUGAAAUCAGAUACCUCCAGUAAAGAAAUAGAAGAAGCUAUGAAAAGAGUACGAGAAGCACAGUCACUAAUCUCUGCUGCUAUAGAGCCAGACAAAAAAGAUGAAAAACGAAGGCAUUCGAGGUCAAGGUCGCGCUCAAGGAGGAGGAGGACACCUUCUUCAUCUAGACACAGGCGGUCAAGAAGCAGAUCGAGGAGAAGGUCCCAUUCAAAAUCAAGAAGUAGGAGGCGAUCUAAAAGUCCAAGGCGAAGGAGAUCGCAUUCCAGAGAGAGAAGCAGAAGGUCUAGGAGCACAUCCAAAACCAGGGAUAAAAAGAAGGAAGAGAAAGAAAAGAAACGCUCUAAAACUCCCCCCAAAAGCUACAGCACAACUAGACGAUCAAGAAGCACAAGCAGAGAAAGACGACGCAGGAGAAGCAGGAGUGGAUCACGGUCACCUAAAAAACCCCGGUCUCCGAAAAGGAAAAUGUCCCGGUCCCCAUCUCCGAGAAGACAUAAAAAGGAAAAAAAGAAGGAUAAAGACAAGGAGAGAAGCAGAGAUGAGAGGGAGCGGUCAACAAGCAAGAAAAAAAAAAGCAAAGACAAAGAGAAGGAUCGUGAACGGAAAUCCGAGAGCGAUAAAGAUGUGAAACAGGUCACAAGGGAUUAUGACGAAGAAGAACAGGGGUAUGACAGCGAGAAGGAGAAAAAGGAAGAAAAGAAAAUGGCAGAUUCUUCCUCCCCGAAAGCAAAGGAGGCUGCCGCUGAUAAAGGAAGCGGAGAUUCAGCCCGCGAAUCCAAAGUAAACGGGGAUGAUCAUCACGAAGAGGACAUGGAUAUGAGUGACUGAACUUUGCCUUUGCAGCGAGCACCGCUGCGGACGUGCAUCAGUGUCAUUCCUGUGUGAUUCUUUUAUGCUGUACUUGUUAAUCCUAAAUCUAGAUGUAUACAGCUCUGAGCUAUACCCGGUUUGUAAAUCUCCCGAUACUAACUCCCAUCAAAAGCUUUCUAGAAAGGUAACCAGCCUUGCUACGGCCCAAAGGGACGGCCUAGCCAAGCCAUUUUUACUAACUUGGUGAUGCUUCAAGCAAGAGUAAAAAGCUGCAUGCAUCUCCAGCAGGCAUGGACUGUGUGGUGUCUGACCUCCUGUAGUACAUCAGCUCCCGUACGCUAGUGUUGCUAGACGUCGAUUCCUGGCAGAACUAGAGCAGCGUAGGGAACGCACUGGCUGCAUGGUCCUUGUGGCAGAAACAUCCGCAGUGUUCGCAACUCCUACAGCUUCUGCUGGAUCUACUUAAGGGUCUUAAGUGUGACUACACAAAAAAAACAAAUGACAGUACAUCUGAAAAUAAGCAUCCUGAUCUAGAUAGGGUUUUGUUUCUGGAUAUUUUUUUUUAAGCCACGUGGCUGGGGUUGGUUUUGGUUUUGUUUUGUUUUGUUUUUCCGUGUUUUUUUUUUUUUUGGCUUUGAUAAAGUUAAAAUGCACUGACCUUUUUGAGGGCUUUUUUUAAUCUGUCCGUUCAAAUCCAUCUCAGGCGAGUUGUAAUGGUUCUUAAUUUUUCUUCCGGAGCCUCGGGAGGUGAAAUUCUCUGCUUGAUCCGUGCCCAGUGAUUAAAGGUUGAUUUGUGCAGUUUUCCUAAUCCAGGUCGUUUUAUUUCUUAAUGAGCUGAACACAUGGCAAAAAGGUAGUGCAUUUUAAAAUUGACCUUCGUAUGCUUUUAAAAGCAAGUCUACUUGAUAAUGUACUUUUUACUUGAUCUCAAGUUGUAUAAACUAAUAAAUUUGUGUUUACUGUCACUGCAGUAGUAAUCUUAUGCACACAGUGAUUCCAUGGUAUACGCAGAGUAGUUAGACAAGCUGUUUUCUUAGUUACACAAGUUCCAGAGCUUUUACUUUUGUGCAGGUAAAAAGACAAAAGUAGGCUACAGUCUGUGCCAUGUUGAUGUACAGUUUCUGAAAUUGUUUUACAAAACUUUGAUAAUAAAACCCUUAAACUUAUACUCACGUUCCUAUAAAACUCUGCUGGUAUUUAUUUACACCACUGAAUGUAACGUAUGGAACUUUACCUCAGCCCUGUAGAGUACGUGUUUCUCUUCAUCCACCUAUUUUAAGACGACCGUAACGACUCCGUCUCUUCAAAACCUGGAGCUGCAGCGAGGGCAGCGGCCGCCCUUUUACUCUCGCUAAGUACGUUACGCUAAAGAAAGAAUUAUUUUACUUUAUGCUGAAUGAAGGGAAUGGGCUUAAAUGGGAACCUAGAGGUAUUACGGGACAAGUGCUUUUUAAAAGAAGUAUGUAUUUGUAAAAGCUUUUUGUAUUUCCAUUGGAAUACGAAUAUUCACCUCCUCGGGCUGGUGUGGGAGUGGCAGAAAGGGGAAGCGGCGAGCGCCUUGGGGGGGUCAAGUAGCUCUUCGUGUCAGCCACAAAUUCCUGGCUUCAAUGGGAGAUUUUGGAAUGAAACUGUAAGUGGUGCUUGAACUUCUUGAAUCUGACGAGUCAAACCAUCGUCUUUUUAAACUGUCCUUUCGCCCCGAGCAAAGGGGAACUUGCCCUUUAGAUACGCAGUGUCAUUUUUAGAAUUUGUAGAAAUGUAAAUUUUUACCAACUGUUUUGAGUAUUUUGUCAAUACAGAGAGGUUUAUGUCAUACAACCAGUUCUAGGCUUUUAUUUCUAGUGGAGAGAGUGAUAGUUCUUGUAAUAAAAUAUAAAUAGACACAGACAAGGUGCAUGAUGUCUUCAUAGAUGUGCCUUUUUUGUUGUCAUCACGAUAUUUAUAUGUGAAGUACAAGAACAUAAACUGAUUUAUAGUAAUAAAGUAAACCUCCUUGAUCCUUGGA